AUUUUGCUUUUUACGAAUCAUAAUUUUCUCAAUAAAAUCAGGCAAUAAAGCGAUCUUGUCAGAAAUGUCGGAUUCGGAGAGCAAUGAGACGAGUUCAAAGUCAACUGGGACCAACUCGGCCCAGCCCUCUCCUGCCCCUACUCCAGUUCCACCAUUCAUGCUGAAGGCCCCACCAGGGAAGUCCGGAAGAAAUGAAGAAUUCAACGAGCAAGUUGAAGGUGAUCGGGGCAAGAGGUUCGACUUUCUUCUCCAGCAAACUGAGCUGUUUGCCCAUUUCAUGGCGACAGGUAGCACCCUGGGUGCCAAAACACCCACAAGUCCCUUGAAAAUGAAACCAGGGCGUCCAACGCGGGCACCUAAAUUAGACCCCAAACAAAAACUGGCUCAGGCUGGCGAUCAUCGACACAGACGGACUGAGGAAGAAGAAGAUGCAGAACUCCUGACAGAGGCAAAAAAAGGACCAGGAACCAUAUUCAGAUUUGAUGAAUCUCCCGCAUAUAUCAAGGGUGGUACGAUGCGAGACUACCAGAUCCGUGGAUUGAAUUGGAUGAUAUCCCUCUUUGAACAUGGUAUCAAUGGAAUUCUGGCAGACGAAAUGGGCCUUGGUAAAACACUACAGACAAUCUCUCUCCUGGGGUACAUGAAGCAUCAUAGGAGCGUCCCAGGCCCCCACAUGGUCAUUGUGCCCAAGUCAACCCUCUCCAACUGGAUAGCUGAAUUCGAACGGUGGUGCCCCUCAGUAAGAGCUGUCUGCCUUAUUGGAGACCAAGAAACAAGGGCUACUUUCAUCCGUGAGGUCAUGAUGCCAGGGGAGUGGGACGUGUGCGUUACCUCGUACGAGAUGGUGAUCCGUGAGAAAUCCGUCUUCAAGAAGUUCAACUGGAGGUACAUCGUCAUUGACGAAGCUCACAGAAUCAAGAAUGAAAAAUCGAAGCUUUCAGAAAUUGUACGAGAAUUCAAAUCGACCAACAGACUUCUUCUGACCGGAACGCCACUCCAGAACAACCUCCACGAACUCUGGGCACUCCUCAACUUCCUCCUCCCCGAUGUGUUCAACUCUUCCGACGACUUCGACCAGUGGUUCAACGUCAACAGCUGCUUCGGCGAUCAGGAUCUCGUUCAGCGUCUUCACGAGGUGCUGCGACCUUUCUUGUUGCGACGUAUCAAAGCCGAGGUGGAGAAGAAGCUCCUGCCGAAGAAAGAGCUCAAGAUCUUCAUCGGAUUGAGCAAAAUGCAGAGGGAAUGGUAUACCAAGAUCCUAAUGAAGGACAUCGAUGUCGUGAACGGUGCUGGAAAAUCCGACAAGAUGCGUCUGCUCAACAUCCUCAUGCAGUUGCGGAAGUGUUGUAACCACCCGUACCUCUUUGAUGGAGCAGAACCGGGCCCACCGUACACCACUGACAAACAUCUGGUCGAGAACUGCGGCAAGAUGGUGUUACUUGAUAAGCUGCUUCUCAAACUCAAAACACAAGACUCGAGAGUCCUGAUCUUCAGUCAGAUGACCCGUGUUCUCGACAUCUUGGAAGAUUACUGCAGUUGGCGGGAAUAUAACUACUGUCGUCUGGACGGGCAGACGCCGCACGAGGAACGACAGAAGUCAAUCAAUGAGUACAACGCUCCAAACAGUUCCAAGUUCGUCUUCAUGUUGAGUACAAGGGCCGGAGGCCUUGGUAUCAAUUUGGCCACAGCUGAUGUCGUUAUUCUUUACGAUUCCGAUUGGAAUCCGCAAGUGGAUCUGCAGGCUCAGGAUCGUGCGCAUCGUAUCGGUCAGUUGAAGCAGGUGCGCGUGUUCAGGUUCAUCACAGAGAAUACCGUCGAAGAGAGGAUUGUCGAGAAGGCUGAGAUGAAGUUACGAUUGGAUAACAUUGUCAUUCAGCAAGGUCGAUUGAUCGAUCAGAACGCCCACAAGCUCGGAAAAGAUGAAGUGCUACAGAUGAUCCGUCAUGGUGCGGACCAUGUGUUUGCCUCCAAGGACAGCGACAUCACGGAAGAGGAUAUCGAUAAUAUCUUGGCCAGGGGAGAAUCAAAGACUGAAGAACUCACAAAGAAGAUGGAAAAAAUGGGCGAAAGUACACUACGCAACUUCACCUUGGAUAACCCGGAGGGAAAAAGCGUGUACCAGUUUGAGGGCGAAGAUUACAGGAAUAAACAAAUGAUCAGCGGGGUCGGCCACUGGAUCGAGCCGCCUAAACGAGAACGUAAAGCAAACUACGCCGUCGAUGCGUACUUCCGUGAGGCGCUGCGUGUGAGCGAACCAAAGGCUCCUAAAGCACCCCGACCACCCAAGCAGCCCAAUGUACAAGACUUCCAGUUCUAUCCACCAAGGUUGUUUGAGCUGCUUGAUAAGGAGAUCUACUACUACCGAAAGACCAUUGGAUAUAAGGUGCCAAAGAAUCAUGAUCUGGGAGCAGACGCAGAGCGUGUCCGACGCGAGGAACAAAAACGUAUCGACCAAGCCGACGUGUUAUCCGAAGAAGAACUAAUCGAGAAGGAGGAACUUCUGAAACAAGGUUUCACCACAUGGAGCAAAAGAGACUUCAAUCAGUUCAUCAAAGCAAACGAGAAAUUCGGCCGUGAUGAUCUCGAUAGCAUAUCGCGUGACGUAGAGGGUAAGACUCCCGAUGAAGUGAUGGAGUAUUCUGGUGUAUUCUGGGAUCGGUGUAACGAGCUUCAGGAUAUCGAACGAAUAAUGGCGCAGAUUGAGCGAGGAGAGGCAAAGAUUCAGCGACGUGCUAGCAUCAAGAAGGCUCUGGAUGCCAAGAUGCAACGUUACCGUGCACCAUUCCACCAGCUGCGUAUCCAGUACGGUACGAACAAGGGCAAGAACUACACGGAAGAGGAGGAUAGGUUCCUGGUCUGCAUGCUCCACAAGUUAGGCUUCGAUAAGGAGAACGUCUAUGACGAGUUGCGGUCGCAAAUCCGACAGGCGCCACAGUUCAGAUUUGAUUGGUUUAUCAAGUCAAGGACAGCUAUGGAACUUCAGCGCCGUUGCAACACCCUGAUCACACUGAUCGAACGUGAAAACAUGGAAUUGGAAGAGAAAGAGAAAGCGGAGAAAAGGAAGGGACGAGGCCAGAAGGGAACACCGUCCAAGGGUGCACAGAAACGGAAAGCUGACGGCACCCCCGAUGGACGAGGACGCCCGAAGAAGAGGAAGUAGAUAGAAUGCAUUCCUUACAGACAUUGUAAAUACCAGACUCUUGGGCUGGCCGUGAAGUUCAACAUUGACAUUCUGCUGUAGCUUUACCAGAUUGGCUGAGUUUCUUCUUUAUUUUGAAUAUGUGGUGUCUACGAAAUAGAGAAGCACUUCUUUAAUUUUUCACUGACACACACUGGCUUGAAUGGUGCAAUUGAAGGGCUGCUUUUUUGGUGUAACCCCUUAAAGCAUUUUUAUUAUGAAUAUAAUUGAGAAAGUCUAUGAAAUCAGAAUAUGGUAGAGUUACAUCAAUCUUGUCGAACGUUCAGCUGGCCUUGCAUUUCAUGUUAUUUUAGUUAGGAUGGGAUUCCUUUCUAUUUUGGUGAGUGUCCUCAUGUCGGCUGAACCUCUUCAUGAUAGUAACGAUAUCAGGCUUGAGAUAUCCUGGUGUCAUCUGUAUGUCUAUUGAAUUUUGAUGAUUCUGUAGUCACUUCUCUGUGGAUUGCAUCUUCUGAGCCACAGAUCAGGAUGUCGCAGAUGUUUUGUUCAUCUGAUUACAUUUUCAAAUAGAUCUCUGUCUUUGUUGUCCGAGUAUCAUCCAAAAUUAGGUUAGAAAUGAUCCAUUAAAAUACUGAUAAUGCAGACCAUGUAUAUCCCAUGUUCCUAAAUCUGUGUGUUCUAUAUUUGUCCAUUGAUCAGUCAUCACAAACAUGAACAUUGGACAUUUUGCAAAUUUUGCAUGGGGAGGGGGGAUGUCAAUCUUAUGCGUGGAUGUGAAAUGAUUAUUCAUGGGAAAACAAUACAUUUUUAUGGCGUGUCCCAUAUAUGAGGCAGUUGGUGAACAUCUUUUCCUUAAAUUUUUCUGAAACAUAGAUAAAAAAACCUGAAUGGUCAGUGCGCCACAUUCAAUGAAUAAUUAUUCACAAUGUGAUCUUAUUUCUGUUCCUGAAAAGUUGUUUUCAGUGUAUUUUCUCCUUGAAAUCGAUCACUUCAGUUAGACUUCGAGAUCUACAUUUUCGACAAAGGCCUGGUGUAAUAUUAUUACGUACUUGAUGAAGGUUUAAUGACACGAAUGAGUACAAGUACAUUACAUUUUUCGACGAAGGCCUUCUGUAAUUUCAUACGCUUCUUACGCAACAUUCAAUAGAUUUAUUUACUGUAUUAUCAUUUCGACCAAGGCGAAUUCGACACUUCAAUUACACAAGGUUAGUAACUUUUGUUCACAAAAUCCAAAUGGAGGCAAAUACAGAACAAUCAAACUUAGUCAUUCCAGUCAGUUACUGAAGCACAGUGAAAACUGUCGGGAGCAGUGCAACUGAUGGCAUGUCAAACUUCCAGUGACUGGUCCCUGUCCAUAUAUUUCAAGACAGUACAAAUCUUGUAAUCAUUUUGUUUAUGCAAUGUACGUUAUUAUGUAUCAUUUCAGCACAAUCAAACUUAGUCAUUCCAGUCAGUUACUGAAGCACAGCGAAAACUGUCUGAAUUAGUGCUGCUGAUGGCAUGUAAUUACUCUACUACCACUACCAGUGACAGUCAAUGUCCAAAUAUUUUCAAGUGUGCGAAAGUAGUACUCGUCUACUUCUUAGUGUUAUUUGAAUGCAAUGUAUGUUAUAAAAAUAUUUUUUCAACACUAUAUCAACAUUCUCAUUCCUGUCAGUUUCUGAAAAUCAGCUAAAGCAAUCGCUACCAAUGCAGCUGAUAACAGCAAUUCUUUUUGUUCCCAAUGCCCAUCCAUGACAAUAUAUUUCACGCAUGUGACAAUCAUGUAAUCAUCCUGUUUUUUGUGUUCUAUUCAUGCAAUAAAUAAAUUCAGUAUUUUCAAAUCAUUGGUGCUACAAAACUAUUCUCAUUAUAGAUUAUUCAUAUUUUAUAAAAUGCUGUCAUGUCAAAUUUUGUGUCCUAUAAAUCAUAAUGAAGUCGGCAUUUUAUAUACAACUUUUGUACUCCUCCUAAAUAAACAUACAAAUCUUGUUUUAUGUAAACUUUGUAUAUGUGACCCGUCACAGCAAAACCAGGCGCAUGUCGCUCUGAGCUUGGCAGGUUGAGACGGGCUGUUCUAAUCUUUCAUUAGCGACACCAUUUCUUACCAGAGUGCCUCCUUCAUUCAUACAUCUUGUGCCUUAACUCAAGAUACCCAUCUUUGAAUAUUUUUAGUAUACCAAGUACUACAAUGUCAAUGUAUUGAAGUCAUGUUCUUGUAGUGUUAUUGGCUUUCUAUUAUCUUGUCAAAAUACCACUUGGUUCUCGCAAAAUCUCAAUAAAAACAAAUGCUAUUGCAUGUAUUGCAUAUUCUAACAGCUAUCCACUGUAUCGAUUUAUCCAUCAUCUGUACUAUUUGUCUCAAAAAUGUUAUAUUAUGUAAAUCAUAUUUCAUUACAUAAUGCACACUGCCAAUUACUGCUGAACCAUUCAUAUGUCAUUUAAAUAAAUAAUUUUCAACUUUUUAAAACCGUCUUAUAGUACUGUUCUUGUCACUUAGCUGAACCAAUUGCUCUAUAGCAUGAAAUUUCCAGAAAUGCCCCAGGGACUGAAAAGUGCUGUUUUAACAGAGAGGUGUCCUAAACUGAGAAGUCGAGUUGAAUGGAAACAACCAAUUUGGAACCAAAAACUACUGUCCUUAUUAAAGAGGUUGUCCUCAAUAGAAAGGUGUCCACAAAAAGUAGGUCCACUGUAUAUGAAAGUACAAACCCUGGUACAUGUAGUGACAUCAUCUACUCCUCGAUGUGGACACCUGCAAAUGCAGCGACAAUGUCACAUCAGUUAUUUAAUUCAUCGUCCUUUGUGCAG